AAUACACUAGAUAAUAUGAAAGCAGCCAUGAUGAGAACACUCAAUGCAAGUAUUCCUCUUGAUGUUAUGUAUGGUGACAUUGAUUAUUUUCGAAAGAGACUUGAUUUCACUUGGGAUCCGGUUAAUUUUGAUGGCUUACCUGAAUAUGUAGAUUGGUUACAUGGUCAAGGAAUGAAAUUCAUCACCAUUCUAGAUCCAGCUAUUGAUUCUGAAGAAGCAAACUAUUCAGUUUAUACCGAAGGACAAAAAGCCGACAUUUGGAUCAAAUGGCCACAAGAUCGAAAUCUUCAAUUUAAUGAAACAGGCAACCGAAAUAUGUUAGGUUAUGUGUGGCCUGAUGGCAAAACGGUUUUUCCCAAUUUCUUUUAUCCACCAGCGCACACAUGGUGGAAAUCACAAAUUGUUGAUUAUCAUACUAAACUUAAAUUUGAUGGUCUUUGGAUAGAUAUGAACGAACCAGCUAAUUUCGAUACAAAUAAAGAGAAACCAUGGAAUUGGAAUCGACCGGAACCGUGGAAUCUUCAUUGUCCUGUUGAUCGUGAACCUUUAGAAAAACCACCGUACAAGACAGCAAGUUGUGGUGAUUAUUUAUCGGAUAAAACAUUAUGUAUGAUUGGUGAACAGGUAGAUGGACAAGGCAAAAUCUAUCAUCAUUAUGAUGUUCACAGUCUAUAUGGAUGGUCAGAAAUAAUAGCUACAUUGCCAGCUGCGCGUGCAACUGAAAAUAAACGAUCGAUUAUAAUCAGUCGAUCAACAUUUCCAACUUCGGGUUCAUUCAGUGGUCAUUGGCUAGGUGACAAUACAGCCGAUUGGUCACAUCUCAAACAUAAUAUAAUUGGAAUGUUAGAAUUUAAUUUAUUCGGUAUUCCUUAUAUAGGCGCUGAUAUUUGUGCUUUCAAUCCAUUCUUUCGAAAUCACAAUGGUUAUAAUUAUAUCGAUCAAGAUCCUGGAAGAUUUUCGACAGAAGUUGUUACAUCAAAUCGUCAUGCUGUUGAAUUACGUUACACUCUCAAUCCAUUCUUGUACACAUUAUUCCAUCGAGUUCAUAUUUCAGGUGGUACUGUUGUUCGUUCUAUGGCUCACGAAUUUCCAUCCAUUGCUGAAUGUUGGUCACUUGAUGAACAAUUUUUAUGGGGUUCAUCAUUACUCAUUGCUCCAGUUAUCUAUGAAAAUCAUAUCCAUAAAUCGAUUUAUUUGCCUACAACUGAACGAUGGUUUGAUUAUUAUACUGGUCAAGAACAGACAACAAUGGCCAACAUUUCAGUAUCAGCACCAUACGACUUUAUUCCAUUGUUAUUACGUGGUGGUAUUAUUAUACCACAUCAACAAUCGGCUAUGAAUACUGUGGCAUCACGUAAGAAACCUAUGUAUCUUAUUAUUGCACUUAAUAAAGAGCAACGUGCUAGUGGAGAUCUAUUCUGGGAUGAUGGUGAAUCGAUUGAUACUUAUGAAAACUUGAUUUAUAAUUAUUUUAUUUUUAAUUUCAAUUCACAACAUUUAAAACUCGAACCUUGGACAUAUAAUUAUCCACAAAUGGGUGAUGAUGUCAAAUUAGAUGAAAUAAAAAUAUAUGGCAUGAACAAACAACCGACGACAGUUAUAUGGAAUGGACAAAAUUUAAUAGCAAGUAAAUGGACAUUUGAUGCUACGAAGAAUGUUUUGCAUAUGGAAAUGCUCGCUUUGAAUAUGGCUAAAAUACACAAAUUUGCUUUCAUUUGA